AUGCUCCGAGGCCAGUUGACCACUCUCCUGGGCCUGCUUAGCGGGGCCUGGCUGCCCAUAGGCUCGAUGAGGACUGAACCCCAGGCUCCCCCACCUCGGUUCUGGGCUGUCACUAAUCAGACCUGGGCUCUGGGUCCCUUGGACACUUGGAAGGCCUUUCUGGGCCUGCAGAAAACCCAACGGCUGGCACCACAGUGGCUACAGCAUGGGCAGAAAGCGACCAAGGCUGAGUCUUUGCCCCUGGACCCUCGGGAAGUGACCCGGGAGAUGUGUAAGGCGGUGCCCUUUGUGCAGGUGUUCUCCAGGCCUGGCUGCACAGCUGCCCGGGUCCAAAAUCACCUUUGCUUUGGCCGCUGUUCCUCCCUCUAUGUUCCUGGCUCCGAUGCCACCCCGCUCGUCCUCUGCAACAGCUGUGUGCCCACUCGCAAACGCUGGGCACCCGUGGUCCUGUGGUGUAGCACAGGCAGCCCCGACUCCCCUCGGCGGGUGAAGAUAUUCUCCAUGUUGAUUGAAGGAUGUCAGUGCCGCCCAAAGGCAUGAGCUGAGCAACAUGGAUGGACAGACAGACAGGAAUCUUGGAGUCAUGGAGAGACAGGAUGAGAAAGACGCCAACCCGGAUGAUGUAUGCCGACCGAGUUAAGGGAACGGGGAUGCUGAGCGCUGUAAUCCCAGCUACUUGGGAGGCUGAGAUCAGGAGGGUAUCAGUUUGAGACCAGUCCUGGAAAAUAAUCUGUGGGACUCUAUCUCCAAAACUAUCAGAGCAAAAUGGACUGGAGGUGUGGCUCAAGCACCUGCUUUGUGAGUGGGAAGCCCUGAGUUCAAACCCCAGUCCCACUAAAAAAAAACAACAACAAAAAAACAAAGCCAUAGCUCUCAUGUAUUGAUCAUUUAGGGUCUAGAAGACCGAGGUGAAGUAUUUGACAGGUAUUAAGUCAUGUGAUCAUUCAUGGAUGACUCCUCAUCAGCCCAGAGUCAGUGACACAGCUGGAAUUUACCUCUCUCUCUCUCUGUCCCACUAAGCCACCUCCUCAGCUCGGGUUUCAGAUCUUAACCACUUGGCUGAACUGUCUUUUCCAGAAUAAGUCAGACACACUCUCAGCUUUAGUGAGGACAGAC